AUGCAUGUUGCUAUCAAAAUUCUAAUUGGUGUUGGGAUUGCAACAGUACUUAUUGCCAUUGUGGUCAUUCCAGUUGGAGUUACAGUUGCAUCCGGUAGUAGCAGCAAUUCAACUGGUAGUAGUUCAGGUGGUUCGAGUAGCUCAGGAGCUUUAUUAUAUGGUGUGCGUAAAAAUCUUAUGUCUUCAUCCUUAGGUAAUAGUUGGUCCUUGUGUUAUUCCAGAACGUAUGCCACAUUGAUGAGUUCGAGUACUCUUCUAACUACAUUAACAAUUUGCAACAAAUCUCGAUUAUUGCUUGGCUGUCGUGCAAUCGGUAGUUCUAAUUUACUUGUUGCUGCAAUGGGUGACAGAAGUGAUGUUCUAUACAAUUGUGGUGUUACAUCGUCUUGUAAGAGAGUAGCUAAUGGCGUGUCAUGGUACUAUUCAAGUAUGCUCUCGUGGGGCUUUGCUAGUGGAACAGACACAGUGAAUCGUAAUCCAUGUGAUAUAUCUACUACAAAUCCAAGUGAACGUUUGUGUUGGAUUACUACUAACAACGGUGGUUAUCGUUGUGGUUCAAUGACAGGACUACAAACAUCAACGUCAUACGAAAAAGUCAUAUAUCAUUCUGAUUAA